GUAAUCGUGCACCCACUCGUGCUUCUUAGCAUCGUUGACAACUACAACCGAAUCGCCAGGGACACUCGGAAGCGAGUCAUCGGCGUCCUCCUCGGCUCCUCCUUCAAAGGCACCGUCGAUGUCACCAACAGCUACUCUCAAGCAAGAAACAGUGUAGUGGGAGAUAGAGGGGCUUCUGCUGGAGAAGAAGCCUUCGAAGCGGAGAUGGAGAGGCAUUUUGCUGGAAAAGAGCCUCUCUCUUGAAUUUAAACCAGAUGGUGGUGUAUCUUGGGUGCUGCACUGCAAUUACACUUGUGAUUCAAACGGUUGAGUCAUCUGCAAACGAAUCCCUGUGAUAUCCAAGAGAAGAAUUCGAGCGGAAAAAAGGGGUUUUCACCUGAUGCCUUUUGAAGAAGAUGACAAGGAUCCCAGCAUCUGGUUUCUUGACCACAACUACCAUGAGUCAAUGCUUGCCAUGUUCAAAAGAAUAAAUGCCAAAGAACAUGUUGUUGGUUGGUAUAGCACAGGUCCGAAACUGCGGGAGAAUGACCUGGAUGUUCACGGAUUGUUUCAUGAGUAUGUUCCUAAUCCUGUGUUGGUCAUUAUUGACGUCCAACCUAAAGAACUGGGAAUACCUUCCAAAGCUUACUAUACUGUUGAAGAAGUCAAAGAGAAUGCUACUCAGAAAAGCCAGAAGGUGUUCGUCCAUGUGCAUUCAGAAAUUGCCGCUCAUGAAGUUGAGGAAAUUGGAGUGGAGCACUUGCUCAGAGAUGUUAAGGAUACAACAAUUAACACCCUUGCUACAGAGGUUAUUGGCAAACUUUCAGCCUUGAAGGGGCUAGACGCCCGUCUCAGAGAGAUACGUGGGUAUCUAGACCUUGUAAUUGAUGGAAAGCUUCCAUUAAAUCAUGAGAUUCUGUACCAUUUACAGGACAUGUUCAAUCUACUUCCGAAUCUCAAUGUGGGUGAAUUAAUCAAGGCCUUUUCAGUGAAAACCAAUGAUAUGAUGCUGGUCAUUUACCUUUCUUCUCUCAUUCGGAGCGUAAUUGCACUCCACAACCUCAUAAACAACAAGAUGUUGAACAAAGAACAUGAGAAAGCUGAAGAUGCAAAGCUGACAGCCAUACCCGCUGAAGCUGGAUGUUAGGUUUGGUCCCACCAUGCACUGUAUUUCAACCAUCAGGGGUCGAGUUGGGGCACCUUUGCUAAUGCAGAUCUGUCUUCUCAUCUGAGAGUUUUGUAUGCUGUGGGGUUUAUCAGUUUGUGAUGAGAUCCCAUUUACUUUUGAUAUUGAUCAUCUUUCCUUCCUAUGUAAAGAAUAACUAACCCACAUGGGCCCAUCUGCAGUUGAUUGUUUAAUGUUUGAUGAUCAUUUUUGGAA